UCCUUCAUUAUUAUGAUUCAGGAAUCAGGAGGUGAUGUAAUGUGAUAAUGUGUUGAAAUUUCGAGAGGAUAUCAGAAAAGUUUGGAGUGAAGUUUUGUUAAUGUGUGUAUGCCCGAACUCUUGUCAUUCAUGUUAUUUUAAUCAUCCAAAAACUAUUGCUAAUUUGUGCCGGUUUUGCGAAGAGCUUUCCUCAGUGUAGCGCAGCAGUGCCAUAGUAUCGUGCAACAAAAUAAUUUUCUUGAACUUUUACUGCUUCAAGACGUUACAUAAUGUUAGCUUACAAAAUCACCAGUCGAUUAUGUCCCUGCUCUCUUGCACAUUCACAUUGCGCUCCAGUGCAAGUCUCAUUAUUCUCUUCAAAUUUAGUCCGGCGCAAUAAUUUCAGAGGCCUCUCAUCUCGCAAAAUACUGCCUUCUCUUCUAUCCCGAUUCAAAGUGCCAGCCUUUGUCAGGAAACUUGAGACUGUCGCUGUGGAUAGUAUCUCUUGCUCCAUACCCACUCGGGGAAGCAAAGCUGUUGGAUUUUGGCUGGCUGGAUGUAGCGGCAUGGUAUUUGGAGCAGUCGCCCUUGGAGGUGUGACUCGUCUAACAGAAUCAGGACUCUCUAUGGUUUCAUGGAAGCUUACGGGUGAGAAGUUACCUCUGACAGAAGUAGAAUGGAAAUCAGAAUUUGAAAAAUAUCAAGAAUAUCCCGAGUUUAAGCUAAAAAAUCAAAAUAUUUCACUAGCAGAAUUUAAGUGGAUUUGGUACAUGGAAUAUGGGCAUCGCAUGUGGGGUCGCCUCCUUGGGGCAGUAUUCCUAAUCCCAGCCACAUAUUUUUGGAGUAGAGGGUAUUUCAAUUCCUCUCUAAAGAGACGCACAAUAAUUUUUACAUCCUUGAUUGGUGCUCAAGGUCUGUUAGGAUGGUAUAUGGUCAAAUCUGGACUGGAGGAUAGAUUUCAUGAACCAAGUGAUGUCCCUCGAGUAUCUCAGUACCGACUUGCUGCUCAUCUCACAAUGGCCUUUACUCUGUACUCAUUAUUUUUGUGGUCUACCUUGGAUCAACUCUUGCCAUCAAUGAGCUUCAAAGAGAUCAGUCCGAGCUUGAGGAAGUUAAGAGCUGUUACACACUCAACAAAAGGCUUAGUAUUCUUGACAGCAAUUUCUGGAGCAUUUGUAGCAGGUCUGGAUGCUGGUUUAGUGUACAAUUCCUUUCCUAAAAUGGCAGAUAGAUGGAUUCCUCAAGAUUUAUUUGCUUUUUCACCAAUCUUAAGAAACUUCACCGAAAAUCCCACCACAACUCAAUUCGUCCAUCGAAUUCUUGGUAUAUCAACACUCUCUGUCGCAUCUGGGAUGUGGUUGCUAUCACGCCGUUGUCAUCUCCCUCAUCGAGCAGCUUUAGCUGCAAAUGCUGUUGCAGCAGUUGCAUGGUUUCAAGUUGCUCUAGGUAUCACUACUUUAUUGCUGUAUGUUCCUGUCCCAGUUGCUGCAUUACAUCAGUCAAAUUCUUUGAUUUUACUUUCAUGUGCCAUUUGGCUAUCGCAUGAACUCAAAAAUGUUAAAAGGAUCAUUAAAUGAAUAAAAUCAGUCAGCUUCAUCGAAUAUUUUUUCAUGUUAAGUCAAAUCAGUAGCACCAUGAGAACUGAAACUUAAGUCUAAAUUUUUGACCUGAAGUAGCAUUGAUGUCGCCGGGAUUAGCUUUUUAUUAGAGGAAGAGCUGAGAUUUUAUUCCUCUUGACAUUAUCAUUGUUUGGUAUCAAUAGAUGUGUGAGACCUCUAUGAUACGAUAAUAAGCCACCAAAGACUUUCAUACUUAGCCAUCUGUCAGUCAUUUAGUUUAGAUCAAGGUCUUCACAAAUGGGACAGAAAGGAGGUGAAAAAAAGGCAUGAGCCUGACGUGACACUUUUUUUCCAAAGAGCAAUUAAUUAACUUAUCAUAGUCGUCAGGUACUUGCCCACAAACUUUCAUGAUCCUAGCUGUAAAAUUUAGUAAGAUACGGUAACUUUUUCAGAAUACGGUUGGGUUUUAUCAACCAAGAUGUCGGAAGGAAAAGGUGCCCUGAGAGAAGACAAGUUUCCUAGCACAAGUAAAUAUAAUAGGGAAUGCGAGAGUUUCUAUUUAAAUCUCUAAAUAUACAUCCAUUGUAUAAAUUUUAAUCGAAACUCGAUACCCUUUAAGUAUACUAUUGACAAAAUAAAUA